AGGUUUACGUAAGGCUUCAGGCGUGUAAGGAGAAGAGCGCUCACAGCACCGCCUAGAUCCAGUCAGGGCACGGGAGAGCGGCAGUCAGCUCACAGUCGGACACAGCUCACCGAAGACGAAGAUGGUGGACGCUUUGGAGGUUACGUCUGAGUCUUAUAACGAACCUAUUGUCAUCGUGGAGACGGACAGCGAGGAGAUAGGCAGGAAGAAAACCAUCAAGCUUGUGUACACCUUCUUCAUCCUGCUCGUGUAUUUUGUUGGCGGGGCCCUGAAGGGACAAGAAGGCGUGACCUUCCUGGACUUGCUGAUCCUCACGGAUUCUGACAUGGAGAGCGGCUCCCUGCUCCUCACGUGCAGUGCCCUUGGCUUCAUGCUCGGACCCCUUCUCCUCGGCUUUUUGUAUGACAGAUACAACAACAGUGGACUGUUCGCCAUCUUCAUCGUGUCUUCGGGCCUGUUGACGUACGUCAUACCCUGGUGCCACCACCUCGUGCUCAUGUCGGUGGCCUUUGUCCUGCGUAACCUUGUCACCAGCGCUGUCGAUAUAGGCGCCCUCGUGAUCACAGUGAAGCUCUGGAAGAACGAAGUGAACCCGUACAUGCAGGCAAUCCAGGCCAUGUUUGCCUUGGGCGGGAUCGUCUCACCUCUUAUAACGGCGCCAUUUCUGUCAGAAUCUGGCCGAAAAGCAGCAAACAACCUGAACAACGUCAAAGACAACACGUCAAGACCGUACGACAUGGGCACUUCUGAUAUGGUAAAUUUGUCGUCACAAUCAGUCUUGACUUUGUCCACGAACACCAGUGACAAUCAAACAUGGACAAUCUUCGGCAAAGAAGAAACCAACGUGUACAUCGCUUAUUCCAUCAUCGCCACAUGCAUGUUAGUUGUGUCGAUUCCAGUCGCGAUCCUCUGGAUCAGUCGCUCAGUGGAAAAGCUAACGUCUCGCCAGGACAAGGAGGUUUCUGCUGAUGAAGUCAAACAACCCGUGAUCAAGGCACGGAAACACCCUCGUCUACUUCCGGUGGCGAUAGCUCUGGUAGGACUGUUCUUCUUUGUGUAUGGACCCGUCGAGAAGACCUGCGCCAACUUUCUCCUCGCUUUUCUGGUCAAACAGAUGAACUGGAGCAAAGUCCACGCCGCACAAGGCAACUCGGCCUUCUACGCCGGGUUCGCAGGGGGUCGUUUUAUUGGGAUCGCGCUCGCCGUUGUCAUGCCAACAACAUUGAUGCUGUUCGUCUUCAUGAUGGCUUUGGUAGUUUGCCUUGGCCUCUUCAUUCUAGCAAUCGAACAGUCCGCUGUGUUUACGUGGGUGUGCAUUGUUCUUAUCGGCACAGCAAUGUCCACGAUUUACGCCUCCAUGUACGCUUGGGUAGACGUCAACGUCACCUCAGUCACAGGCAAAAUGGCCAGCUGCAUGCAGGUGGCGUUGGCGCUCGGCACCAUGGCAACAACUCCUUUAAUAGGAUAUCUGUUCAAAGAACAAACGCCGAUGUGGUUUGUUUAUUUGACUAUCACAUUGUCAUCGACUUGCUUCCUGUGUUAUAGUUUUCUCUACUUACUGACCUUGAAGUUCCCACUGCGGCUGGGCGCCAAUACACCGUGCCCGGAAAAGGAUACAUUUUUACAAGGGGAGGACAAAGACGGAGAAAUACCCACAAAAACUAGCGUGUGACAAAGAGUUAAUACCAUUCCUCACAUGCACGGUAGGAUGCCUAUAAGCCCAUUACUUGAUCGCCUAGAUAGGAUAUAUGUACCUGCAUAUUGCCGAUAUGGCAUCAUUCUUCCACUUUUAUAGGCACAUUGUCAUAUAACUUUGUUAAUCAGUUUUUCAUAUCGCCACUUCUCGUCAAACACGAUGCCUUACGGCAUAAGAACGUAGACAAAUUUAUUUUUUGUGCAAGAGACCUCAUGUUUGUCUUAUAAUUUAGCAGAACGACUUUCAUAUGUCAAAACGCUGUCACCAAUUUGUUGAGCUACAAAAUAUACUUGUAUGAUAAGACAUGUUUUGGUAUCAAGCGGUAAGUCUUUGAAGAUUCACUCACCGAGGCCAAGUUGUUCAAAACCCUAUUAUCUUAACGGUACGUUAAAUGUUAACAAUCCGUUAUUUUAAUAGCGGUCUGUUUUUAAGUAAACCUUGAAUUUUUGUUGCUGCAUGGAAAGCAAAAUCUUCAAACCUUUUAUUUUUACCAACUGAACCUCUAGUUAGAAGCAUCUAAUUACCCACAAUUCAUUUGUAUCUAUCCCAUAGCCUGGCUCCUUCACAACAUAGCUGCUAUGUCAUUUGAAUUUUUUAAUUGAAUGUUUAUGUUCUUAAUCUUACACUCAGGAUAUAGACACGGCUCGCCCUCAGGAUACACGCAGGAUAUAGACACGACGGGCCCGCAGGUUACAAACAGGAUACAGACACGUUGGGCCCACAGGAUACACGCAGGAUAUUGACCCAGCGGACCCACAGGAUACACACAGGAUAUAGACACAGCGGGCCCACAGGAUACAUUCAGGAUAUAGACAUGGCGGGCCCACAGGAUGCUCACAGGAUAUAGACACGGCGGACCCACAGGAUACACAUAGGAUAUAGACACAGCGGGCCCACAGGAUACACGCAAGAUAUAGACACGGCAGGCCCACAGGAUACACGCAGGAUAUAGACACAGCGGGCCAUAGAUUACAAGCAGGAUAUAGACACGACGGGCCCACAGGGUAUAUACAGGAUAUAGACACGGCAGGCCAACAGGUUACAUACAGGAUAUAGACACGGCGGGCCCACAGGAUACACACAGGAUAUAGACACGGUCGCCCGACGGGUUACAAACAGGAAAUGUACACAGCAGGCCCACAGGAUACACACAGGAUAUAGACACGGUGAGCCCACAGGUUACACACAGGAUAUAGACACGGCGUGCCCACAGGUUACACACAGAAUAUAGACACGGAAGGCCCACAGGUUACACAGAGAAUAUAGACAUGGCGGGCCCACAGGGUACACACAGGAUAUAGACACGGCGAGCUCACAGGUUACACACAGGAUACAGACACAGCGGGCCCACAGGAUACAUACAUGAUAUAGACACAGCCUGCCCACAGGUUACAUACAGGAUAUAGACAUAGCAGGCCUACGGGAUACAUACAGGAUAUAGACACAGCGGGCCCACAGGAUACACACAGGAUAUAGGCACAGCGAGCCCACAGGAUACACACAGGAUAUAGACACAGCGGGCCCACAGGAUACACGCAAGAUAUAGACACGGCGAGCCCACAGGUUACAUACAGGAUAUAGACACAGCGGGCCCACAGGAUAAAUACAGGAUAUAGACACAGCCGGACCCACAGGAUACACACAGGAUAUAGACACACCCGGCCCACAGGAUUCAUACAAAUGAACGCCAACAAUCUCAUUGGUCCUUAUACGCUGUGAUGUCUUUCCCGUGCAAGAUGAAUUCAUAUCCGUG